AAUCUCAGGAUGGGUCACAAAGGAAUAUCGGUGACAGGCCUGGUCUGCAGCUUUGCAUUCUUUCUCCAAACGCUGCACACCGCCUUUGGAGACGUGAGCUAUUCUUUUCCGGAGGAGAUGAAACGCACAUCUGUAAUUGGAAAUAUAGCCAAAGAUCUCGGUUUGAAAGCCAGCAGACUGUCCGCUCGUAAGGCCCGAAUUGAUACCGAGGGGAACUAUGAACGUUAUUGUGAUAUUAAUCAGAGUACCGGAGAUCUGAUUGUUGCGGAGAGGAUUGACAGAGAGGGGCUUUGUGGCAAGAAGGCUUCGUGUGUUUUAAAACAGGAACUUGUGUUGGAGAAUCCUUUGGAGGUGCAACGUAUUAGCCUUCAUGUUCAAGAUAUAAAUGAUAAUUCUCCACAAUUCACAGAGGAUUUUAUUAAAUUUGAAAUAGGAGAAUCCACAGACAAGGGGGCUCGUUUUUCUCUAGACGAGGCCCACGACGCAGAUAUAGGACAGAAUAUGGUUCAGAGUUAUACACUAGAAAGAAACGAAUAUUUCGUUUUAAAUGUUAAUACUAAAACAGGGGGACGCAAAUACGCCGAAUUAAUAUUAGACAAAGAGCUAGAUCGUGAACAACAACACGAGUUGAAAUUAUUGCUUACAGCUGUAGACGGAGGCUCUCCGCAGAGAUCAGGUACUGUAGUCAUACACGUCACUGUACUGGAUGCUAACGAUAACGCCCCAGUGUUUAACCAGGCCGUCUAUAAAGCCAGUCUGCCUGAAAACUCUCCUUUAAAUACUGUAGUGGUUACAGUGAGAGCUACAGAUGCAGAUGACGGAGCAAAUGGCGAAUUAACAUACAACUUUGACCAUGUUUCAGAUGAAUAUGUACAUUUAUUCUCUCUAGAUCACAAAACAGGUGAAGUAAGAAUUAUUGGGAAAGUUGACUAUGAGGAGGCGUCAUCUUAUGAAUUACAAAUAAGGGCUAAGGAUGGGGCAGGUUUAACAUCAUAUUCUUUUUUAAUUAUUGAAAUCACUGAUGUUAAUGACAACGCUCCUGUGAUUUAUCUACAAUCUCUAACUAACCCCAUACCUGAGAACGCGUCACCUGGUACAGAGGUGGGCAUCAUUAACGUGCAGGAUAGAGACUCUGAGAAUAACGGACAGGUCCGCUGCUCCAUUCAGCAAAACGUUCCCUUUAAGCUGGUGCCAUCCCAAAAAAACUACUAUUCUCUGGUGACCACGGGCGAACUGGACCGAGAACUAGUGUCUGAUUACAACAUUACAAUCACUGCCACCGACGAGGGCUCUCCACCUCUGUCCUCCUCUAAAAGUGUUCAGUUAUCUGUAGCUGACGUCAACGACAACCCACCUGUGUUUGAGGAACAGUCCUAUAAAGCCCACGUGACUGAAAAUAACAAACUCGGUUCUUCCUUACGUUCAGUUACUGCACGGGACCCAGACUGGAGACAGAACGGAACAGUGAUUUAUUCUAUCUUACCUGGUGAGGUGAACGGUGUCCCAGUGUCCUCAUUAUUAUCCGUGAAUGGAGAAGCGGGGGUGACUCACGCUGUGAGGUCGUUUGAUUAUGAACAGUUCAGGAGUUUUAAAGUCCACGUGGUGGCUAGAGACAACGGUUCUCCUCCGCUCAGCAGUAACGCCACGGUCAGUGUGUUCAUAACGGAUGUGAAUGACAACUCUCCUCAGAUACUAUACCCCGCCCGGAGGGGAAAUCCUUCUGACGAGCUGGUCCCCAAAGCUGCGCACGGAGGCUCCCUGGUUUCCAAGGUGAUUGCGGUGGACGCGGACUCCGGCCAGAAUGCCUGGCUGUCCUAUCAAAUAUUCAAAUCCACUGUUCAGGGACUUUUCACAAUUGGUCUCCACAGCGGAGAGAUCAGGACACAGCGGGACAUUUCUGAAUCUGACAACAUUAAACAGAACCUCAUUGUGUCAGUGAAAGAUAACGGACAGCCCUCUCUCUCUGCCACCUGUACCAUCUAUUUAGUGAUUUCUGAUAACUUGGCUGAAGUGCCAGAACUGAAAGACAUCUC